CGGGCCGCCGUCCCGCCUACCUGGGCUCGGGGCAGAGUCAGCCUUUAGGGGCGUUGCGGAGCGCAUAUAAGGCGAGAGUAGCCUGCCCCGGCGCUGGUGCCCUUCGGCAGCGCUGCCGGUCUUUCUCCGCCCUGCCAGGUCCGCAGCCGCAGCGAGGAUGAACACGAGCUUCUUCCAGAUACUAAAGGCAAAAAAAGAGCUCAUUCCCCUGGUUGGAGUAGUGUCCUUUGCAGCAGUUGGGGCGCUCUCUUUUUCUGCCUAUUCCCUAUUCGGCAAAUCCGAUGUGAUCAUUAACAAGAGUGGCAAUCCAGAACCAUGGGAAACUGUCGAUCCUACCAAGCCUCAGAAGCUGUUAACAAUCCAGCAGAAAUGGAAACCUAUAGAAGAGCUGGAAAAUGUCAGAAAGCUUAUGAAGUGACAAGUUUCUGUUGCCUCAAAAAGGUACCCUAUGAAUCUAGUGGAAUCACUUCUGCACAAACUUGACUACUGUAAUCAGUGUGCGGAAAUGCUUCUGCUACAUUUUUAGGGUCUCCCUACAUUUUUUGGACUCUGGAUGAGGAGUUUCAUGUUGCCUUAGAAGUUGGCAUACAACAUCCACACAGUCCAAAAAUCUGUCUCAAAUACUCAUUUUCAGUAGGCAUUUGAUGUCAAAUGUUGAAUAUUCAGAUGGUAAUUAUACAUGGAAAAAGCCUUCAUGCUUUUUGUAGAAUUUUGUGUUUCCUGAAAAUACAUUAAUUUUGUAAUUUUAUAUAUUUUUAAUAAAACAUUUUAAAUUUUUACAACAUUCCAUGUGAAUUCCAUAAAUGGAGAUUACCCAAAAGCCCUUCUAAAUUGGGAUUCCUGGUCUGCUCCCUCUGUAUACUCUAUUUCAAUGUUGUAUACUGACCAAAUAGUCAUCGUAGCCAGAGGACGUCUUUGUAUGGCAACGUAUGUGGUCAUAAAGUAUACUUGCAUUCAUUUUCUAUGUUCCAUGUGAUGACAAUUUAAGUCAAAACUAAUGUUCUACUGCUAAUACUAAAACUUACACAUGUGCUCACCUUAACCCACUGAGGAGUCCAACAGGGUAUUGAAGGGUAUAUUUGAGACUGCAGGAUUAGAACAUAAAAAUUAAGCAUAACUAAAAGGGAACUGGAAGUGAGAUUUCUGUUUUAUUUAAAUAUUGUUUGUGUUUAAAUUUAGAAAAAGUUACUACAAUUAGGAAACUUAUCCAAAACUAAUUACAUAACAUUAAUUUCUUCUUUUCAUGCAAGGUAGUUCAUGUGCAAACUUGAACUCUGUGGUUAAUGAUAUUUUUAAACACUUCUAGAUACAUGCUAUUGGGGACAUCUGCUUUAACAAAGACAAAAUAACAGAUUAAAAUUAGGAAUAACUCUAUAAAGAGACAGUUCCUCUUUAAGCAUCUGUUUGUUUUUCUUACGAGUUGGCCAGGGAAAGAACGUGAUGGGCAGACCCGCAGGAAAUUAAUGAGGCAAUAUAUGCAUCCAAUGGUAGAACAGUCUUCUGUGGAUAUGUUCUGUAUGUGUCCUCUUCCAAGCAGUUUCACAAUAUAUUAUACAGUUUCUUUUACAAUGGAUGUUCAGAAUACAUGUUACUUUCUGGGAGGAAGAAAGCAAAAGUGAAACAACUGCUAAUCGGAAAAAGUCCCUGUGAGAAAUAGUGAAUUGCUUUAGGUCACUCUGCUGCAGGAAAGACAAAACUUAGUAAAGCUGUCUCCCGAAUUUUAACAUAGCUUGGCUUCAGAAGCUUUAUGUUUUCUUCAGAUUUAUUGAUGCUGAGGAAAAAAAAGGUUGAAGUGUUAGGGAAAAAGGUUGAAAUGCUACUUUUGCCAAUACCUGUGUGUAGAUUCAGCAUUAAUAUUUGUUUAUCAAGUAAGGAUGACUCAGCACCAUUUAUGUUUAAGAGCGAGAAGGACUGCAAGACUUCAGAAUACAUUCUUAGCUUUCAUUUUAAGGAAUGCCAUUACAAGAUGAUUUGAUAGCAUAUAAACACAAAAAUCCAGUGCUCAGAGGACUACAAGUUAUAAGCCUUGUAGUAGAGAAAUAUUUUUAAAUAUUUUCUGUAAGUUACUCUGUAUUUCCAUAUUUUCACUGGACUGUAUCAAACAAAACAAAAAGUGCUGUGCUCUGAGUUCAUGCAUGUAUUAGAUGAGUUUGUUCUUCAGUAAAUCACUUGUAUGAUCUGUAAAUACUAUGACCUAUAUUUGUCAACUUUGGAGAAAUAAGUGUAAGUCAUUUUUAUGUGAUUUUUGUACUUAACUACUUUUCAGUGGUGUCUUCCAGUAGUGCAUUAAGCUGUGUGACUGCCAUCAGUCACAGGUUGUUGCUUCUCUCAUCCUGUGCUGAAGCAUAAUAUUAAAGGUAAUAGAAUGUC